AUGUCUCACGACCAAGCCCAGAGUGAUCCGACCGCCCGGCCGCCACACACUCCUUCGGGCUAUGGGGUGUUCUCCUCGAGAACAUCCUCGCCGCCGAAUCACCAGGGUUCCGCAGGCGAACAUCACAACCAGGGGGCCGUCGCCUCGCCGACUUCGGUCGCAGCCACCAUGGCCCUGCACAACGCCGAGGCCCUCACCCCCAUCCAGAAAUGGGCCGCGCGAGCAUCCGAGUCGCAGUUUAACGCGUUAUCCGGCGCCGUAGGAGGCUUCACCUCCGGCGUUGUCACCUGUCCCCUGGAUGUGAUCAAGACAAAGUUGCAGGCCCAAGGCGGCUUCGUGCCCGUGGCCAAGGGCCGCCACGUGGGUCAUCACAAGGUUUACGAGGGCUUGAUGGGCACAGCAAGGGUGAUAUGGAAAGAGGAGGGCAUCCGUGGAUUAUAUCGGGGAUUGGGGCCCAUCAUUCUGGGGUACCUGCCCACGUGGGCUGUGUGGUUUACUGUCUACACCAAGAGCAAGGAGGUUAUGGCUGAGCAUAACGUGCGGAGCCAGUUUGUUAUUAACUUUUGGUCCUCCAUCGUUGCUGGCGCCAGCAGUACGGUUGUGACCAACCCAAUAUGGGUCAUCAAGACCCGUCUCAUGUCGCAGUCAUCGAACGGCUACAACAGAGAGAUGUCUGUCUUCCCGAGGUCCGGCAACACGCCAACCUCGAGGCCGACCAUCAACUCCCCGUGGCAUUACCACUCCACGCUGGAUGCCGCGCGGAAGAUGUACUCCUCCGAGGGUAUCCUUUCAUUUUACUCGGGUCUCACACCAGCCCUGCUUGGGUUGACCCACGUAGCCGUACAGUUUCCGGCCUACGAAUAUCUGAGGCUCAAGUUCACGGGGCAACAGAUGGGACACAUGGAUGACCAGAACUCCUCCCGGCACUGGAUCGGUGUGCUUUCGGCCUCAAUACUAUCCAAGAUCAUGGCGAGUUCUGCCACUUACCCACACGAAGUGAUUCGCACAAGGUUACAGACACAAAGGAGACCGACACCGGGAGUCGAAUAUCUGCAAGGGCUGGGUAUUUCUGCGCCAAAGGAGGAUGCAGGCAAGCCCGGGAACGUUACAAGCCAACCCAUCCCUCAACCAAAGUACAGAGGAGUGGCCAUGACCUUCCGCACGAUACUAAUGGAGGAAGGCUGGAGGGCGUUCUACGCCGGCAUGGGCGUCAACAUGAUGCGCGCCGUGCCGGCCGCGACGGUCACCAUGAUGACAUACGAAUACGUCAUGAAGCAAUUGCAUCAUCAGAAGAGCGAAGCAUUGCGAAAGAAGGCCGGCUUUGGGCAGGCUGACGAAAUCCCGGAGCCACAGCUGUGA